UCGAUAAACAAUACAAUGUCGUUGAAAAGAGCAGUCAAUGCCAUCCAGAAACUGUAUCCAUUGAGAUACGCCGAUUCUACCUGGGAUAACACUGGGUUAUUAGUGGAUUCAUCAAGCAGCACCAUAGCAACUUCAUCAUCAAACACUUCAAUCUUGUUAACAAUUGAUUUAACCAAGGCAGUUGUCGAGGAGGCAAUUAAUCAAAAAGUGCAAUUAAUCAUAGCAUACCAUCCAUUCAUCUUCCGUGGUAUCAAGAAGAUUGAACCUUUUGCUAAUCCUCAACAUGAUUCUUUGAUUAAAUUGAUCUCGAAUGGGAUCAGUGUCUACAGUCCCCAUACUGCAAUCGAUGCAGCUAGAGGAGGUGUCAAUGAUUGGUUGAUCGAAGGUGUCACUUCUAUUGACAACGUUGAGUCAAAAGAAAUCAUUGAGCCUAAUUCUGAAGACCCGCAAAACGUUGGAAUGGGUAGAUACAUCACUUUAUCCAACCCUAUUGAAUUGAAAGAUAUUGUUGCAAGUGUUAAGCAUCAUUUGGGAUUACAACAUUUACAAUUGGCAACUAAUGACAUUAACGCACCAAUAAAGACAGUGGCCAUCUGUGCUGGUUCUGGAGGAGGUGUCUUUAACCAACUGAAAGGUAAACCAGUUGAUUUGUACUUGACUGGAGAGCUAAGUCACCAUGAAGUUCUAUCGCUUAAGGAGUCAGGCUCCAGUGUCAUUGCAGCCCAUCACUCCAACACAGAACGAGGCUACUUGAAAAUAGUCCAACAACAACUGCAAAAAGAACUCGCUGACACAAAAAUCAUCGUCUCUACAAAAGACUCUGAUCCAUACAAAACAGUAUAA